CCGCGGUGUUCCGCACACCCAGCAGCGGUGGCAGCUCAGGAGGUAGGCGGCGAUGGCAGAGGUGUGGGAGCAGGGGCCAGCAUGGACCAGUCUGUGGCGAUCCAGGAGACCCUGGCUGAGGGGGAGUACUGCAUCAUCGCGGUGCAAGGAGCGCUGUGUGAGGGAGAGAGCAGGCAGAGCCGCCUCCUGGGACUCGUGCGUUACCGCCCGGAACAUGGUGGCCAGGAACAUGCUCUCUUCCUGUACACACACCGGAGGAUGGCCGUUACCGGGGAUGAUGUCUCCUUGGACCAGAUCGUGCCGAUCUCUCGGGAUUUCGCUCUGGAAGAAGUGUCCCUGGAUGGUGAAGUCUACUUUCUUGGCUCAGAUGUCACCGUCCAGCUGGACACAGCGGAGCUCAGCCUCGUAUUCCAGCUCCCCUUUGGUUCACACACCAGAACGUUUCUCCAGGAAGUCGCCAGGGCCUGUCCAGGUUUCAACACCAAGGCCCUAGAUCCUAAGUUUCUGUGGCUGUCUCGCUACAGGCGCAAGGAGCCGGAGCCCGAGACGCCCACGCCGCGCGGCUGGAACUCAGCCCAGGGCACCUGGCCCGGGCGCUCUGGAAUUGGCGGAGGUGGUUCUUUCUUUGAUGAGUCAAGACCAGAUGGGAAGGGUCUGCUUGUGGACCAAAGCUCCUGGGGUCAGGAUAAACCAGAAAACUUGAUCCCAAGACAGAAUAAGUCCAAAUCUGAUAUAACUGACAUGGUUCGCUCCUCCACUAUCACAGUAUCAGACAAGGCUCAUAUUUUAUCCAUGCAGAAGUUUGGACUGCGAGAUACAAUCGUGAAAUCACAUCUAAUGCAGAAAGAAGAGGAUUAUACCUAUAUCCAGAACUUCAGGUUUUUUGUGGGAACAUACAAUGUGAAUGGACAGUCCCCUAAGGAGUGCCUCCAGCCCUGGCUCAGCCAUGGUAUCCAGGCCCCAGAUGUAUACUGUGUGGGGUUCCAGGAGCUUGAUUUGAGUAAAGAAGCCUUUUUCUUCCAUGACACCCCAAAGGAGGAAGAGUGGUUUAAAGCUGUAUCAGAGGGUCUUCAUCCAGAUGCCAGAUACGCGAAGGUAAAGCUCAUCCGACUGGUUGGGAUUAUGCUGCUGUUAUAUGUCAAACAAGAGCAUGCAGCGUACAUCUCAGAAGUGGAAGCUGAGACGGUGGGGACAGGAAUCAUGGGGAGGAUGGGUAACAAAGGUGGUGUGGCAAUCCGGUUCCAGUUUCACAACACCAGCAUCUGCGUUGUCAAUUCCCACCUGGCAGCCCACACGGAGGAGUAUGAGAGGAGGAACCAAGACUACAAAGACAUUUGUUCUCGAAUGCAGUUUCGUCAGGUUGACCCAAGCCUCCCCCCUCUCACCAUCAGCAAACACGAUGUGAUCUUGUGGCUGGGGGACCUCAACUACAGAAUAGAAGAGCUGGAUGUGGAAAAAGUGAAAAAGCUCAUCGAAGAGAAGGCCUUUCAAACCCUGUAUGCGAAUGACCAGCUGAGAGCUCAGGUCGCUGCAAAGGCUGUCUUCGAAGGCUUCAACGAGGGUGAGCUCACGUUCCAGCCCACCUACAAGUAUGACACUGGCUCUGACGAUUGGGAUACCAGCGACAAGUGUCGUGCUCCCGCCUGGUGUGACCGGGUCCUCUGGAAAGGGAAGAACAUCACUCAGCUGAGCUACCAGAGCCACAUGGCCCUGAAGACCAGCGACCACAAGCCCGUCAGCUCAGUGUUUGACAUCGGGGUGAGGGUCGUAAAUGAAGAGCUUUAUCGGAAGACUCUGGAGGAGAUCGUUCGCUCCCUGGAUAAGAUGGAAAAUGACAGCAUUCCUUCUGUGUCCCUCUCCAAGCGAGAGUUCUGUUUUCAGAACGUGAAGUACAUGCAGCUGCAGAUAGAGUCCUUUACCAUUCGGAAUGGACAAGUACUGUGUCAGUUUGAAUUCAUCAACAAGCCUGACGAAGAGUCUUACUGUAAGCAGUGGCUGAGCGCCAACCCCAGCCGAGGGUUCCUCCUGCCAGAUUCUGCCAUUGAGAUUGAAUUGGAGCUCUUUGUAAAUAAGACCACAGCUACGAAGCUCAACUCGGGUGAAGACAAAAUCGAGGACAUUCUGGUUUUACACUUGGACAGGGGAAAGGAUUACUUUUUGUCUGUGUCUGGGAACUACCUGCCCAGCUGUUUUGGAUCGCCCAUUCACACGUUGUGCUACAUGAAGGAGCCAAUCUUGGACCUGCCGCUGGAAAGUAUUAGAGAGCUGACUCUGAUGCAACUUCAGACUGAAGAUGAUGGGAGCCAGUUGGAAAGACCCAUGGACAUCCCCAAAGAGCUCUUGAUGAUGGUUGAUUACCUGUACCGAAAUGCCAUCCAGCAGGAAGAUCUGUUUCAGCAGCCAGGCCUAAGGUUGGAAUUUGAGCAUAUCAGGGACUGUUUGGAUACCGGAAUGAUUGAUACCCUCUCUGCUAGCAAUCACUCCAUAGCCGAAGCCCUGCUGCUUUUCCUGGAGAGCCUGCCGGAGCCCGUCAUCUGUUACAGCGUCUACCACGACUGCUUGGAGUGUUCUGGCAACCUCACAGCAAGUAAACAGGUCAUUGCUACCCUUCCCGCAUGCCACAGAAAUGUCUUCAUCUACUUGAUGGCGUUUUUGCAAGAACUGCUGAAAAAUUCAGCAAAAAAUCAUUUGGAUGGUAAUAUUCUAGCUAGCAUAUUUGGUAGCUUACUGCUUCGAAACCCAGCUGGUCACCAAAAGCUUGAAGUGGCAGAGAAGAAGAAGGCUCAAGAAUUUAUUCACCAGUUCCUCUGCAACUCACCCUGAGCCUGUCCAUCUCCUCUCCUAUUCUGCCUGAGGCAGCCAAUUACCAGCCCCACCUAUUUCAGCUCCAAAGCUGCCCUAAGAGCACGUGAGCCCACUGGGAUGCCAGAGUGGCAGCUGCCUGUUUCCUGAGCCCAGACUGCCCUCCCCACCAUGACUGUCACACUCGGUGCUGCUGCGAGUUGUGAAGACAUGAGGGGAAAUCCACCACAAUAAAACUGACAUUCAACGUUCAAAUUUAGUUAUUUAACAGAUAGAUCUUUUUUUUUUUUUUAAUGUUUAAACGACUGUACUUCUUGUGCUCACUCAACCUGCCUCCAGGGCAUAUAGUGCCUUCCCUGCAGCUUGGGCUGGGCUCCCCGUGAUCAGAUAUUUGAACAAACUUUGGAGUCCUGAAGGAUGGAUGAGUUGGACGGCAAGAAUGCAAAUGGAAGCUGCUGGAUAAAGAGCCCACAGCCACCCCAGUUGCUUCCAGUUCUCUGAGGACAUGUGUGUACACAUAUUGCAAACCCUACCCCACUUCCCACUCAGAUAUGGCUCAACAACUCUAGAGCUGGCCACUCAGCCUCCGAGGGCAAUGUAGUGGCUUGAAAAUGAAAAUAUUGAAGAAAUUGGUGUUCUGGUGAAACAAGUGGAAUUUUCUGGGCCAACAAAUCCUCCAAACUGUAUAUAAUGCAUCCCCUCUCUUAUACGUGUAAUAUAUUUUAAUGAUAAAUGUAUUUUUA